AUGGAAAGUAAUUAAGACAUAACUGGGUAUUAUAUUUAACCUAGUUUCAGUAAAAUGAUUGUUACCCAUGCAGGUAAUCUUUGCGACUUUGCAGGCGCCAACAACAUAGGUUUAUGGGAUCCUAAAAGUAUGAAAAACUUGAAUUUGAUCACAGGAAUUCCUGCUUAAGAUAGUCAAAUUUACGCAAAAGCAAUGAUAGGAGGAAAUGGUAACAGAAUUAUCAUGUAUUCAGCUGAUAAGUUCUAAAUUAUGGAUUUAGAUAACAAGAAGGACCCCUUAAUUUGGGAGAAGAUUUCUACAACUGAUGACAUUUAACAAAUCGCUAUUAACCCUAGUAACACUAAGGAAAUCUGUGUUUUGAUGGUUAGUGGUUAUAUUAAUAUCUGGGACAUUGAGGAAAAAAAAAUUAUUUAAUCCUUCUAAACCAUUAGAAAGAUGUACAGACGUAUUCAAAUAUUCCCAGGUGGUAAAUACUUAGCCUUGCAAGAUAAAGGGGGAUUUGAAAUCAACAUUCUUGAGCGUUCUACUGGUAUUGAGCAAAAGAUAACUUUUAAGAGUCCUGCUUCACGCUUUUUGGUCUUAAACGAAAACGAAAUAGCUAUAGUUUUGAAAAACUAUGUUUAAAUUCGUAACAUUGCUUGGGGAAUACAUAAUAUUCAAGCCUAAUUAAUCUGUGAUGAUCCUUCAGAAAACUUUGAAAGUGUUUUGCUUUUAAACAAUAAUAAAUGGUUAAUUGCUGCUGGUGAAAAGGGAAUACUGAGAGUUUGGGAUAUUGAAUAACAGAAAAUUAAGUUCCAACUUGAUACCAACUCAUUCAAUGAUGCUCAUAAAUUAGCCAGGUUAAACCAUAUUCACUCCAUUUUUAUCUUGCAAAAGUCCUAAAAAUUAUGUGUGCUAAAUAGUGAAGAGCGUCGUCUAAGGGUUUUCAAAAUAGAUGAAAACUUUGAAAAUCCUGAAUUUUAGAAGAGCUUCUAGUAUGACUCUGAUUACAGCACCAGCAUAAACAGCUUCGAGAUGGCAUUUUCUUUAAAUGGUAAGAAUUUAAUAGGUCUUUUUAGCUAAAAAGGUAACUUCAUUGAAGAUGAAGUAGUAUUUACUAAAGAAAUUGAAAUUUUGGACCUUGAUACCUCCACAAUCAUAGCCAGCAAGGAUUUGAGCUAACCUGGAUAUAUUCUCGAAUAAGAAACCAUGCGUAGUAAUGGCUAAAAUAAGUUGUAUUACAGAGUUAAAUCUGAGAGUAACUCCCAAAGAUUCUAUUUAGAAUUUGAUGUUGAAAAGUUCCUUUCACUUCCUUAAGAUAAACGUUCAGACCCAAAAAACAAUUCCCUCUACGAAAAUUGGAGUAACUUUAGCGUUUAGAAUGAAGGUUAAUUUGUUACUUUUACUCCAAUUGAAUCUCAUAUUGAUAGCAUCAUAGUUGCUUACGGAGUCACAGUACCUGAUUUGGCUAAAGGAGACUUAGUUGUAAAGUACGGUAUUUCUGUCUACGAUUAUAAAAUAAAUUAGAGAUGGUAGCAUUUAUUUGAAACUGAUUUUAUAGUUAAAUUCUCUUGCAUGAUUGACAGAAACACAAUUGCAUUCGUUAAUCCUAAAAAUUGUAUUGAAUUCUGGAAUAUUGAAUCCAACGAUAUGAUUAAAUAAUUUGAUCUUUCUGAAUAUAAGUUUGUGAUUAGUAAGUUCCUCAUUAGCUAAGAUCUCUUAAUAAUAGUUGACCCAUAAAAUAAAUUGCAUGUUAUUGAUUUAGAAACAGAAGAUGAGUUGGAUUAGAUACAACUCUGCAUUGGUGAAACUAUUAAGUCAAUAUAAAUGGUUGGUCACAAUAAAUGUAUUGUAUUGUAUCAAAACGAAACAAUUUAGAAGGUUGACUUAGAAGAAUUUAAGAUAGAAAAACACAAUAGAAAUUAACCAAUUACAAACAUCCUUGUUUUACCUAAAGAAAGCAAGCAAGAAGAACCUCUUGUCCUCCUUCUCAUAGAAGAAUAUGUGGAAAUUAGAAAUUUCAAAAAUAUUUGA